UGACUCCCCACCUGGACUUAUGAAGACACACUAGCGGCCGUAUCCGAAGAGAACAGUAGGAAAUGGCGUGACGGAGCUCAAGAAUUGUCCAGGUCACUUGAAAUGUAAAACUACGAUGAUGAUCGAUGCUGUUAUAUAGUUUUUUUUGUUAUGAUGUUUGUCGGCAUCACUAAGCAUUUUGUGGAUUGCGGCAAGCUAUAUCUAUGGCUGUAAAAGACUAGAAAAGACAUCAAAACGAAGAAAUCAUGUCAAAAUGGUGGACGUUAAACCGGAAAGUCGGCGCCGCGAAGUCGGACAGCGGACCGAAGACGUCAGACGGCAGCAUGCCGGGGUGCCUGACCAGGGAGACCGGGAAGAGAACCGGCUGGGGCAAGCCGCUCAUGGAGCUGUCGGCCAACGCUCUGACCGCCACGGCCGUGACGAUCUCUCCCGGCGCCGGCCCGAGUCAGACGCUCACGCCCGGGGCUGAUCCGGAGUCCGGCAGGGCGCAGCAGCAGCUCUCCCCGGCGGCAGGGAACGUCACCCCCAGGCGGACCCUGAAGCCCCAGGCCGCCGUCAUGGAGGACGAACUGGAGGUGUUGGAGGAUGGAGACCGGUCCCCGUCCCGGAGUACUCGAAGGUCGGUGUCUCGAGCUGUCUCCACCAUAGACGACACCAGCUCAGAGAUCAUCAGGGUGGCGGGAGAGGACGGCAGGUCGGAAGGCGCCACGUCCAGACGGAGCUCGAGGAUGGGUUCCCGCCAAGGCGCGCUGUCCAGGAUCGUCCGGACCCUGCAGCUCAUCAGGACGUGGGCCACCCGCAGACGGGAGGAGGAGGACGGCCCGCGGCCUGACUCCUUCCUGCAGAGAUUCCACAUGGGCCAGGUGAUCCAGGAGGAUGAGGGGGGUAACAGCCGAGAGGGGGACAACGUGUCCCGGGCGGGGGCCGAACCGCAGGGCAACAAGGUGGCAAACAGUCCUGAACAAUGA